GGUGUAGCUCACGAAUACCCCGCCCUGUGGGCCGGACCAUUACAGCGGAGGGGUGUUUCCUCCCUUCUGAGCGAGCCAAAGGGGAUCGUUUCCUAAAAUGGGGGUCUAAGAGAGCGGCGAACCGCGCGGCGCCCCAGCGAUUCGCCGUCGCUCCCGCCCCGCGGGAGGGAAGGGAGAAGCGGCGCCGCGAGUGGCGCGGCCUGCUCCGGGUGUGACCCGGGCGCUCUGUGGGGCCGCUGGCAGGGACGGGUCAGGGAGCAGCGGACCGAAGACGGUAGACAUGGCGUAUCCUGGGCAUCCCGGCGCUGGCGGCGGCUACUACCAGGGCGGGUAUGGAGCUGCUCCAGGAGGACCAGUGUUCCAUGGGCAGACUCAAGAUCCUUUGUAUGGUUAUUUUGCUGCGGUAGCUGGGCAGGAUGGACAAAUAGAUGCUGAUGAGCUGCAGAGAUGUCUGACCCAGUCGGGCAUAGCAGGAGGGUAUAAACCUUUCAACCUAGAGACAUGCAGGCUCAUGAUUUCUAUGCUGGAUAGGGAUAUGUCUUGUACAUUGGGAUUCAAUGAAUUUAAAGAGCUCUGGGCUGUAUUGAAUGGGUGGAGACAACACUUCAUAAAUUUUGACAGUGACAGAAGUGGUACAGUGGAUCCUCAAGAGCUGCAGAAAGCCUUAACUACUAUGGGAUUUAGGUUGAGCCCACAGGCAGUGGCUGCAGUCGCAAAACGAUACAGCACCCAUGGGAAGAUUACAUUUGAUGAUUACAUUGCCUGCUGUGUAAAACUCAGAGCUCUGACUGACAGUUUUCGAAGAAGGGAUACAUCCCAGCAGGGUGUUGUGAAUUUCCAGUAUGAUGAUUUCAUACAAUGUGUUAUGAGCAUCUAAUUGAAGAGGAAGGAAGAUGUGGAAGGCAUGAUUAACAUUCCAUUUUGUCUUUUGCUUUGCACCUAAAUUUAUCAUGGCAAUGUAACUAAAUAUUGGUAUUUGCAUAUUUUAUAAUGAUGCUGCUUUGUGAUUUUUUUUUUAGUUUUGAUAAAUAUAAAUGAACAAAGGAUCUUUUUAAAAUGAAAGAUCAGCUCUCAUCCUUAACCUUAUUUUUUUUUUAAAUUUUGCAUAUACUUGUAAAUCACCUUUUAUGUAUAACUUAAAUGAUUAUGUAAAUCGUAAGACUUUCUGUAGUGUUUACACUUCCCCCUCUCAUGAGCUACUAAAACAUUCACCACA